CAUGUGGGGGCGAGUGUGGCCGCUUUGGAGUGAGUCACCAUGGAAGGAUGAGUGAUGUUUCCUGCUCCAUAUGGCUGGAAAUCAGAAGGAUGUGGAGAAGGAAGGAGGGUGGGGGUGUGGUAUUCCCCAAACGCUAGCUCUAAUUACCCUGUAUGGCAAAAUCCCUUUAGGGUUUUACGCUCUUAUUGCUUUCGCAUGAAUCCCCCACCGUUAAUAGCUUGAAAUUGUGAUGCUGGCGGCUGAUGCAUGUGGUGAUUUGAAACGUGCAUUUGUUUUGGGGGUGGCUGAAACCCAGAGACACGUUAAAAUCAAAGAUGAGACAGUGGAGCGAUAGAUUUAGACACGCACACACAGUGUAAUCCAGGUGCUUACAACAGUACGCCAGCAAGAGGAUUACGCUCUUGAUUUGAGCAUGUGUUUUAUUAUAUUACUGGGUUGGACAAAUGAAGGAAUGCUGAGAAGAGAGCGAGACAAGUGACAAGUUGUGCAGCAUGUCUUGAAUAAAGUGGGAGUGUGAGAGGAGGAACAGAGCAGAAAGAAGAGGGAUCUACAAUGGCAGCAGAAGAGAAGCCUGCUGCGAAGAGCAGUAGCUCCAUUGUACCAUGCUUCCUAUUUGUGGAGCUGGUGAUCAUGGCAGGCACUGUUCUUCUGGCGUACUACUUCGAAUACACGGACACCUUUCCCGUGCACAUCCAGGGGUUCUUCUGCUUCGACAAGGCGUUCUCCAAACCUUACCCUGGACCGGAUGAGAGCAGUAACGUACCGCCGGUGCUCGUGUACUCUCUGGUAGCUGCUAUUCCCACUAUAACCAUUCUGGCUGGCGAGGUGAUGGUGUUUUUCAUGAGGUCGGAGGGCAUGCAGGAGAAGACCAUAGUCACAGCCGACUGCUGUUACUUCAACCCUCUGCUGAGACGCAUCAUACGCUUCCUAGGUGUCUAUACCUUCGGCGUGUUCACAACCACCAUCUUUGCCAGUGCCGGACAGGUAGUAACAGGAAACCAGACGCCUCACUUCCUAUCAGCGUGCAGACCAAACUACACAGCACUGGGCUGCCAUUCCAACCUACAGUACAUCACCGAGCGCAAAGCCUGCACAGGAAACCCCCUCAUAGUAGCAUCUGCACGGAAAUCCUUUCCCUCCAAAGAUGCGGCCCUUAGUGUUUUUUCUGCAGUCUAUACAGUAAUGUACGUGACGUUGGUGUUUAGGACUAAAGGGACGCGUCUGACCAAACCCACGCUCAGUCUGACUCUGCUGUGUCUGGCCAUGCUGGUGGGUGUGGUCAGAGUGGCUGAAUACCGCAACCACUGGGCCGACGUCCUCGCUGGAUACUUCACCGGCGGAGCCAUCGCUGUCUUUCUGGUGACGUGUGUGAUCAACAGCUUCCAGCAGACAAAGCCCCCACCCCCGCCGGUGCGACUCCAGCGUCCUGAGUCUGUCCUGGGCAUGCCCAUGGUGGCGCUGCCCUGCGUAGAGAGUCCACUUGAAAAACUCCAAGGGGAUCUCCAUUCACUGAGAUCACAUGACCAUCAGCCUCAUCGGGUCCCCGUCCCCCCCGAUGUCCUCAAACUGUCUCGCUCCAUUUCCAGCGAAGUGUAGACCAGCCGUCCCAGCACGCGCGCCACUGCGCUGCCCACUCCGGGGGACGCUCUGCCGCUCUGCACCGCUCCUACUCGACACAGGUCUAGAUUUUCUCACCUCCAACCCCUCAUCUUCCAUAUUCCUCCAUGCUGCCAAUAGGGCCUCCACAAACCACUCAAACAAACCACGAGAAGCACUUUUAGAGAGCCUGCUCAAAGAUCGCGAACGUCUGAACGAAAGCCAUAAAUCACAGGUAGGCGUCUCACUCUUGCCAGGGAGUUUGUUUGGACUGUGGGUGGAGGAUUCGCACCUGUUUAGACCUCUCAAAACCAACCCGACCUACUUCCUGGGGAACCGAUGAAGAAGUCUUGAUCAGCUUUUGGCUGAAAUUCCAAACUCUGGCUGCAAUUUUUACUGCAGUGUCAGUUUGUAUGUAAAUACAUUCACUGUUUUCUUGAUCUUUUUGUUAAAGGCAUGUCUAUUUUGUUCCAUUUUGUUCAUUAGGGUGACCAUACGUCCUCUUUUUCCCAGACGGAGUUUUUAAAUUGCCUAAAA